AUGAGUACAAGUCCGAAAAUUAAUAAAACACAUCGUGUUAGAGCCGCAAGGAAAACACAACUAAAGCAUAGCAUUUUGAUUCAGAAGUACAAAAACCCACCACUGAUAUCUACACUUCUCCCAGCUAAAUGCACAAAGAAGAAAUCCCUCCCUCCCAGAGGUAAAGGUGGACAGUUCAUUAAGAAGAUAGACCCAACUACAGAAUUAUCAAAAUUUGCAUCAGACAACUCCUCACUAUUGGACACCCCAGAACUUAGUGAACGUGCCUUGACAGACAAUGAGGCAUCAGCAUCAGAACACAAGGUCAACAAGCAAUUGGAGGAAUGCAAAGACAAUGAGGAGUCACUGCCAGGAGUACCAGACCCAUCUCUCAUCAUUCACAUCCCAGAGCCCAUACACUCCAUUCCAUUCCCAUCAACUCAGCAUUUCCAUCAACUCACCGCCCCUACCAUGAGCAAACCAAGACCGUUUCUAAAGAAAAGCACCAUCUCAUCACUCAUACCGGCCCAAGUCCAAUAUCUGCUGAUGGCAACUACACCAACACCAGCAUUGUUCAGUGGGAGCAGCAAUGAGAACCCACAGAAUUUCCUACAAGAAGUAGAAAGAUACAUCCAUGUCAGCAGAAUCACUGAUGAAGCAAUGAAAGUCAUUAUAUUCAGCAUGUUUAUAUCUGCAGGUUCACAAGCAGACAUAUGGUGGGACACCUUAACAGCUGUAGAGACAGCUUCAUGGGCAACGGUCAAGGCAGCAUUCCAGGUGCAGUGGCUGCCCAUAGUAGCAGCAGCAAAGUCCGCACAGGACUAUCAGGAAGAGCUCCUCGCACUGAGACUCAAGGAGGAAGAUGUAGGGGAACACAUCAUAGUAGCAGGUGUCUCAACCUGGUCACACUUACACUAUCAUGCAUGCCUGCAGAAAUUAGUCCAAGAUGCAGGUGUAGAGAGUGCACCAGUAUUUAUCCACCAAGUUUGCAAAGCCCUUCCAAACAAGAUCAAGAACACCAGCAUCGAUGUCGUCAAGGACAAAGCAUGGAGAGAAAAGAAGAAGAAAGAAGUGGAAAAGGCACAGAACUUGAGAAUUGCGAAACUCAAUAAUAGGCAGACAGACUCCGUCCAGAGAUCCUAUAUCUGCAAAUGCAAUGAGCAACCAUAG